CAUCUCUGUCGCUCUCAAGUGAGAUUUAGAUUCCAGUCCCCUACUUGAACACAGUAUUUUUAUGCUAUUUCCUGCUUGCAUACCCGGUCCUACAGCCAGUGUAAGCACAGGAGCUGUAUGUGCACUCUAGUGUUGGACCGCAGCAGUUAAACGUUUCAGCAAUGGAAAGUACAAAAGAACCGGCGGCUGUCACAGCACAGCGUUCACCAGUUCCACCGAGAAGCGACCACAUCUCCAUCCUCGAGGGGCACAAGCUGUACGUCUGGGGAGGGUGCCAGUGUGUGGAUGGACAAGAAACCCUUCUUCCCAGUGAUGAGAUCUGGCUUUAUGAUAUGGAGAAUGGAGUUUGGUCUCGGAGGCAUAUGGGCGGAGAGGUUCCUCCUGUUCUUUCGCAAACGUGUGGUGCAUAUCUUCAGGGCAUACUUUACAUUUUUGGGGGAUGUGAUAACAAUGACUACACCAACCUGAUGUAUUUUGUUGACCUGUUGGAUGAGGAAUACAGCUGGAGAAAAGUGACAGGCACAGUGGGAACUAAACCCUCUCCUAGGGUCAGACAUUCCUGCUGGGUCUACAGAAACAGGCUCAUCUACUUUGGUGGAUACGGGCCACUUCGGGUGGAUACAGCCCAAGAGGUCAACAGCUCCAAGAGCUUUAUGGUUGAUGAGGCUUCCAGGGCAACAAUCGGAUCAGAAUUUUUCCAGUUUUGGGGUUGGAAUAAUGAGGUACAAAUGUUUGAACCUGAGUCAGCCACAUGGACUGAACCACAAACCCAGGGCCAGCCUCCAGAACCACGGGCCUCACAUGCCAGUGCUACUUUAGGUCAUAAGGGCUAUAUCUGUGGAGGUCUGGAAACACAGAUGAUAGAUAUCCAUUGUUUAGAUCUGGUGACAUGGACAUGGACACAAAUUGAACAUGAGGCUGCUUCUCUCCCACGGGGCCGCACUCUUCACACGCUGACUGCCAUCUCAGACGACACACUCUUCCUUUUCGGAGGCCUCAGUAAUUCUGGGGAGGUUCUCAGCGAUGGGUGGGAAUUUGACACUAUAACAGGACAAUGGAAAGAGAAAGAUCAUGCACAUAAAGAUAAGCCCAGGUUAUGGCAUUCUGCUGAUAAGGGGAGAGACAAUGAUGUAGUCGUUUUUGGAGGAAGCCAGACCUUCCUCUUUCUAAUGGAUUCGGUUGCAGUUCUCAAGUCUCCCUCUCAGAGUCAUUGUGCAGAUGUGCUGGUAUUUCAGACUCAACCGUACUCACUGUCAAGGUAAAAGCCAUCCUAUGUAGACUGCAACAAACCGCUCAUAAGAAAAUUAUUUGUUAAGGAAACACGUUAUGUCUAUAUUCUAAAAAUCAAUUUUAUAAUUAAAGUACUAUAAUAUAAACCUUUUAUAAAUAUUUAAAAGGUAUUUUGAAGCAAUGUUAUGUGAUAAGUAAAUAUUAUUUGCCAAAUAUUUUUUUUUUUCUUUGUAGAUUAUGUGAAGACUGCAUAGGAAAACACAUAUAUUCUGUCCAAGAGCUGGCAUUACCGGCCAAACUUCAGAAGACAAUUGGCAAGAGGAUAUCCUAUUUCAGGGCAAAUGCUCAACAUAUAGAUGCAAGUUCAUAGGUUCAUAAGGACGGUAUUGGUUUGUUUCAAUUAAUGGUUUUAAUUAAUGGAAUAUUUCUGUCUAAGCAUUCCACAUAUCAGAAAAAGUUAAAUGUAAUUAGAGUAAUUAUGAGCUAAAAACCCUUUGACGUGACAAGUUAAAAAAAAAAAAAAAGCAUUUUUUUUUUUACUGUACAUAAUUUGUGUUAUAGAAAUCAUGUGGAACUGCUUUAUGUGGGUUUAAGUAUAUAUGCAGGGUAGAAGAAAAUCACUCAUAACAUUUUUACAUUAUUUUUCUUCGCUAAUAGCAUGUGCCUCGAGCCUCGCAUGUGUGCAUGAAUCGGAUGAUAUGUUUUAUUUCUGUUGUUUAGUUGCUGUUUUUUUUAUUAACAUGGCAGAGGCUGAGUGCUGGUUGACAGUUUAUCAGAGUUUUUUCCCGGUGAAGUGGUGAAUAAAAUACGAACUGUGGAACGCUAA